AUGCUCGCUUUGAUAGACGACAACAAUGUCGCGUUCAAGAGAUUGGGCUGUGAGAUAUUCAGCCAAAUACUGGAGUCUAUUAACAAAAGUGGUUCGGACAUUCUGACCCGGACGAAUCUUACCUCGGUCUUUGAAGAUGCAAUCACACCUUGCCUCCUUUCAUUGCCUACCAUUACGCCGGAAGACAGCUCGCUCAUGUUGUUAGGGGCCGCUUACCCAGCAUUGCUUUCAUUAUAUAAGACCGCAUAUCACAUGCCUACGCCCAAGAAAUCUAAAGAGCUACUCGAAAGGGAAAAGGAAACAUUUUCUUCCAAACUCACCAACAUUCUCCGAUCGAAUCUCAUAUCAUCUUUCCAUCACAUUAGCUCCUCGACACCCGCUGCCAUCUCCACCUCCGCUACCUUUCCCUAUCCUCAACUUUCAACAUACCUCCUAGAAUUGAUCGGUAUAUUCGUUGAGAAUAUUGGCAUCCACACAACGAAGUAUCUCCAAGACCUUGUGCCAGUUCUCUACACCACCCUUUCCAAUCCCUUUGGGGCAGCCCAUCUGCCUCUUCUCCUUGCCGCGGCAUCAACCACAAAGCUUAUUGUCCUGAACGCCCAUCCCCGAAUUUGGAGAUGGCGUGGUGAGAUUCUGGGCGCACUCUGUGCCUGUUGGCUCACUGUUGCUAGUGAGAGGAAGGAAAAAUCGGAGUCAGCGACGAAAUUGGUGGAUUUGAGCCGUGAGCUGCAGAGUGCAGCAUUGGCGCUGAAGCACGCCCUACAAAACCCCGUUGCUGUUCAAAAUGACAAGCCAGAUGCGGACCAAUUGCUAGCAAAGGACAGCUUGGAGCAGGAACUGAAGGCCCUCGUUAAUGCAGACAACGAGUUAGAGGUCCUGCUUUUUGCCAAUGUGAAGUCUGAAAUCGUUUGA